GCGGGACCGCGGGCAGGGCGGCCGCUGCGGCCCGGUUCCCCUGAGUCCCCAGCUCGCGCCAGCGCGGCCCCGUCCCGGCCUCGCAGAGCCUCCGCGCCGAGGAGGAGGCCCGCGCUGCCGCUGGGGGCGCGGCCCGGGCCCGGAGCGGGCGGGGCGCCCGUGCGGGAGCCGGUGGCCGGACGUCGGUGCGGCCCAGGGCGGAGGUCGUCACUGGUGCUUCUCACUUAGCCCCAAGUAGCAAAGGUCACGUCCACUCGGAAACCGCUCUUGCGCCAAGGGAAACGAAAAGAGAUGGUUCUCCUGAGCCAGAUGAGUGACUCAGGCCCGGACACGGAUUCAGAUUACCCGGGACGACCGGCUCCAGUGUGAGGAGGUUGCACGAACUCAAGGGGUUGGAAAAACGACCUUGAUCCAGAAAGCCAGUGAGGUUUUAAAGUCCUCUGGGGUGCCUGUGGAUGGAUUUUAUACAGAAGAAGUCAGGCAGGGAGGAAGGAGGACAGGAUUCGAUGUCGUCACUUUGUCCGGAGCUCGGGGGCCUCUGUCCAGAGUCGGGUACUGAUGCUUCAUUACUGUCAGAGCCAAUGCCGGGGAAGCGUGAGUGCCGGGUUGGGCAGUACGUGGUUGACGUGGCUUCUUUCGAGCAGCUGGCCCUUCCCAUCUUGAGGAACGUGGGUUCCUGCGGCGGCCUCGGACCCAGGGUGUGUGUCAUCGAUGAGAUCGGGAAGAUGGAGCUCUUCAGCCAGCCCUUCAUCCAGGCUGUGCGCCAGACUCUGUCCUCGCCCGCGACCGUCGUCCUGGGCACCAUCCCAGCCCCGAAGGGAAAGCCGCUGGCGCUGGUGGAGGAGAUCCGGGGCAGGCCUGACGUGAAGGUGUUCAGCGUCACCAAGGAGAACAGAACCCGCCUUCUACCGGACGUCGUGGCCUGCGUGCAGAGCUGCGGGAAGUGAGGCCGGCCAGCAGAGCGCAGCCUCCAGCCCUGCCUCCGCGCGCCUGGACCCUGUGCCGGGAGGCCGCCAGCUGCUUCCCUCCUGGCCUGCUCGUGCUCAGGGCUUUCUUCUCAUUUCCUCUCUGGUCCUGUGGCCGGGGUAAAGCGGGACCCGAGCAGAGGCGCUCAGUCCCUGGAAUUUGUCCCCCUUGAAGUUGUCCUUGUGUUGCUGGUGGACAGCGAGUUCACUGCCAGUUGAUUUUGCGUUUCAUGGAAAUUAAACCCCCCUCCGGGCUUCUGUCUCCAGCACUGAAUUGUUACUCCCCAGAAAGCCGUUGGGGUUCCCUCCCCACCUCUUGUGUAUGUCUUUGUUAGUUGCUUAAUAAAAUUAAAGUAAACGUGGUGUUUCAAA